UGAUUGUUAAUCUAAAUUCAAUGUCAGAAUCACAGAACCAGAUUUUAGCGAAAAAAAAAACUUUUCUCUCUCUCUUUCACUUUUAAUUGUUCGUAAUCCAACAAAACGAAUUGUCCUAAAUUGUCGCCCAUUAGUUAAUCAAUCGAAUGGGCUAAUUUGAUAAGUUCCAAGUUAAUUAAGUUCCUUUUCCCUGAGGUCAUUUUAUUGUCAUCUUCAUCAUUGUCCGCCUCAUCGAAUAGCGAUUCCAAUCAACUGCUCGGUUGUCGAUAAGAUCCUGUGAAUAAUAUUAUGGAUAACUUCGUUUUCCUUUGUUCCUUAAUUGGCUCAUUUUCAUCCUUUUCGUGCUCAUUAUCAAUUGAAUCAAUUUCUGAAAUGGCGAUGAAAGGAUAUUUUGGGAAUAGAAUAUGUAACUGAUAAUCGAAGGCACAUUCGCCUUGAGCUUCGCUCACUUUUUGUGAACUUUUACAAAUAAUAUCUGUAAGUAGAAUUCGUUUAUCAGUAUAAUAUUGUUUUCGUUUCAGAUAAGGAUUAAGCCAGAGGAUGGAGAUUAGUGUCAUGUAAAUUUAAUAUGGAACCAAUUAUUCCACCAGUAAUUGGAUUAAGAGAGAGAAUAUUCAAAUUACCAUUAAUUCAUCCAUAAUUUAUUCGGAACUUAUCUUCAAAUUACUAAACCCAAACUCGACCAAACAAAAAAAUGUCCACUCAAUGUUAACGAAGAUGUAAACCUGCAGACAAAUACCAAGAAAGCCUAAAACAAACUCAAGAAGAUCACAAUCGAUUCCACGGUGAAAACUUUCUUCAUAGUAACCAAAUAAUAUCAUCUGAUUGUUCAGAUUAAUGAUAAGUACACUGUGUAUCUAAACAUUCAACUACCAAGGUAUUGAUAUGUUGGUAACAAGGCCAUUAACCAACGGUAAUGUUUCUCCGUUUUAGUUUACAUCGAGUAUCAAUAAGAAGAAGAAGUUGAUGAUGAUCAUCAUCACUAUUUACCUUGAAACUAAUUAAUUAGCCGAUGAUUGGUAAAGAUGAUUAAGGAGAAAUACAAUAACAAGAAAACAAAAUUGAUUCACAGUAAUCCAAGGUUCCAAACAGAUUGGUGAUGCAACUAUUCUUUGUAUGAAUCAAUUGAUCGAUUUUAUUGCUCAAGACUCAAAUAUUGUGCAAGAAGGUAUCUUCCGAAGAUGUGGAAGUUUAGUCAGACAACAAGAACUCAAAUCCAAGUUAACUCGAGGGACAAAGGUUAAUUUAGAGGAUGGACAGUAUAAUGUACAUGAUUGCGCUAAUGUUUUAAAGACAUUUCUCUCGGAACUUUCCCAGCCUCUUCUCACAGACAUUUUCUAUAAAAUUAAUUGUGAAAUUCCUGAUAUAACUGAACAAGUUACAAACUCUGGUUCAUUAUCACCAUCUAAGAAGAACAAAAAACUCAAGAAACUUCAACUUCUUCUACUCUUAUUACCUGCAAAUGUGCGUAAAUUUGUUCGUGAUUUAUUGCUUCUUUUAAACAAAACUGCAGCUCAAAGUGAAUACAAUAAGAUGAAUUCCCGCAAUUUGUCUACUCUUUUUGCGCCACAUCUUUUGUUCCCAAAAGAAAUGACCGCCAGUGAAAUCCAACAGCAUUUGAUUAUUUUAACGGACGAACUCAAAUUUAUGAUUGACAAUGUGAAUAUAAUUUUUGAUCCACCAAAAGAAUUAGCUAUCGAUGCUAAAAGAGAAUACCAAAAACUUGAAAGCGGAGAUGCUACGGACGAUGUAGUGGACACAGUUUUGACCUUUUGUAGUCGUGAUAAUAUUCCAAAACAACCUGAAACCGCUAAACAUCUUGCUGAACUUUACGCUUUUAUUAGUAGUAUGCCAGAAACUCCUAAAAAGAAAAGUCUAAUUAAACAAUUUAAUCGACAAAAUGGUGGAAUUACUCCAUUAUCGGUAAAAAAGGAUGACAGUGUUAAACUUAGAGCGAGUAACAUGAUGAAAGCUGUUGGAAAAGGAAUUAGAAAAGGAUUGAAUCUCUUUCCAGGUUCUAUUAAUGGAACUCCGAAAACACCCAAACUAAGCAAAAGCUGUGAUCAACUUUCAGGAAGAGCGACUCCAUGUGACACUCGACCAAGUUGGAGUUCUGAGACAAAUCUCAACGAAAGUGACAAACAAUCAUUCCAACAAACUCUGGAUACUGUUGACAAUUCAAUAGAAAUUGAUUCAAAUGAUGUUCAUACACCUCAAAGGAAUCCCAAGAAAUUCAAGCUCUCAGAAUGAAUCAAAUAUUAUAGCGAAAGCUUUGAAUAUUUCGUCUUUUAAUCUCCAACCACUUUGAUUAAGAUUAUAAUUCUUACUUUCCCUAUUAUUAAUUGCGAUCUUUUUUUAGAAGCAAUAAUUGUACUAAUCAUUAUCUACUUUUUUUUUCAAAAAUGAUUUGUAAGCCAUUUCUUAUCCACUUAUCUCCACUAUCUAAAUCAUUCAAAACUUUCAGUUACGUUGUUAAUAUCAUUAUACAAUCGACACAUCGACUGAUUAUUAAUUGUAAAAAUUGAUUUUCAAAAAAAUGAAUGAUUUAUAUUGUGAUUGGUAAAACAUAAAUAUGUGUAGGAAGUGACAAAAAGGAAUAAUGAAAAUGUUAAUGGUUAUGGUUAUGGUAAUUUAACAAUGAUUCUGAUGAUGACGAACUGUAAUCAUGAUGAAAAUGAGUAAAUUGACAGAAUGUAACAAAUGAAGAGUGAAAGAAAAGAGGAGAAAGUGAAUAAAAUGAAUUUAAAUUGUAAAAUAAAUCAUAUUAAUUUGCUUUUCGUUCAAUA